AUGAUUGAACCGGCCAGACUGAUAUCUGCCCGCGAACACCAAGUCCCCGGGAAACUGCUCGUAGCAGAACUUCUGUUCGAAGUUCCUCUCGAUCAUACACAACCGAGCGGAGAACGGAUAAAGCUGUUCUGUCGAAGUGCAAAGAAAUUCGCGAAGCCAGCCGCGCCGGACUCGAAAGCCAACAAGGAGCAAUUACCAUGGUUUGUCUAUAUCCCAGGGGGCCCAGGGUUCGGAUGUCCGCCGCCGCAAAACAUGAUGGAACUCACCACGGAAGUGUUGGAGCGAGGAUAUCAGUUUCUUUGCUUCGACCAUCGUGGAAUGGGCCUUUCCACUCCAGCCACUGCUGCUACGAUCACGGCCAAGGGCUCGCCUGAACAGCAGGCCGACUAUCUCAGACAUUUCCGGGCGGAAAAUGCCGUGCGAGACCUGGAGGCCAUCCGCAAAUGUCUGACCGCAGAUUAUCCCGCAGAGCAGAAGAAGUGGACGAUCAUGGGCACCAGCUACGGCGGCUUCGUAUGUCUGAACUAUCUAAGCUUUCAUCCGCAAGGGCUGCGGGAAGCCUUCCCCGUGGCUGGGAUGGCUCCUAUCACGCAGACGACGCCAGAUGAGCCGAUACGGAGGCUCGUCAAGAAAGUCAAGGAGAGGAACGAAAAGUACUAUGCAAAGUACCCGGAGGACAAGGCCAGCGUGAAGAAAGUGCUGCAGUUGAUCCACGACAGCAAGAUUCAUUUGCCUUCAGGGGAUAGCUUGACUGUGGACAGGUUUCGCGAAAUGGGAAUCUCCUUCGGAUUCCAUGGAGGCCUGGACCGAGUGCACAGCAUCGUGCACCGCGCUGCGAGUGAUAUCGACAUGUUUGGAUACUUGACGCGGCCAACCCUAUCCGAUCUCGAGAGCAUGUCUUCCUUCAGUGACCAGCCGCUGUACGCCGUUCUGCAUGGCUCGAUCUACGCGCAGGGCCAGGCAUCAGCUUGGGCCUUUGACCGGGUCUUGCACGAGUUUCCGGAGUUCCAGGUCGAUGCGGGAAAGGUGCCUAAAGACGAGGAGAUUCUGUUCACCGGUGAGAUGGUGUUUCGGCGCGCAUUCGACGACUACGGGGAGUUGAAGCCGUUGGCGGCCGCGGCGGACUUGUUGGAAGCCAAGCAGGACUGGGACAAGCUGUAUGACAUUGAGCAGCUGCGGCAGAACCAAGUCCCAGUCUAUGCGGCCAUCUUUGUGGACGACAUGUAUGUCGACUUCAACUUCUCGCUGGAGACGGCUUCCAUCGUCAGGGGGUGUAAGACGUUUGUCACCAACAUGCUGUACCACAAUGCCAUCCGUGCGAAGAACGCCGAAGUGAUGAAGGCUCUCUUCGCCCUGAGAGAUGACACUCUAGACUGA